AUGGCUCCAGAUGGAAAAGAUCCCAUCGACUGGUCCGUUGAUGAAGUAGUAGAGUUCCUUUGCCAUAAUCCACAAACACCAUGGUCUCAAUCGGUUUCUGGAGCCCCUCGGCCUGACCCUAUCUCCUUUGAGGCUGCACUUCGCGACAACCUGAUCACUGGAGAAGUGCUUCUGAGUGAUGUUGACAAAAGCGCAUUACGGGACGACCUAGGUCUCAGGGCUCUCGGUCAUAGAAGUUCUAUGCUGUCGGCAAUCCGGUAUCUUCAAGGCCAUUCGACGAAAUAUCAGCUCUCUAACAACCACAUUAAUUCCCCUGAGCACCAUCAUGCCUCUCUGUCCUCGAUUCAUUCGGCACUUAUCACUCCAAAAGCUGUUGAACAUGUCACUACCCCCGUUCACCGCGGUUCCAUAGCCUUGGAAGCGGUCCGGCAGCGUACUAGCAUGACACCUUGUGUUUCUACGGCGGCGAACAAAAGCAUAGUAACUCUAGCUGACGCCCCUAAAUCUAGCAGACUUAUAGCACCUCCAAGUACUCCCCAAGAUACUCCUCGUGCUGAAAAUUCCAGAACAAGGAUAGACGGCCUUGGCUCCGUUGAGCAUGUUCGCUCACAUGAGCAGGUUUUCGUUGAUGUACAUGGAAGGACACGGCGAAGAUUAAACCUCACUGCUGUGGCUGAAAACCGUCUUGAUAGCGAGCGUGCGCCGAAAAAGUUACAAGCCAAGGAAUGGUAUAUGGGUCCGGGGAAGAUCACACCUUCCCAGGUGUUCUAUACUCCUGACCCAGAUCAAGACGAUCAGUCUUUCGCAAUGAUCGGAACCGGCUUACCCACUGCGCAGCGCCUAUUUGUGAACAGAUCCCUCAAUUAUUUCCAGAAACAAAGACCCAUACAGCUGGACUCUAGCAAUGGUUACACCCGCUCGGCCAUAGUACCAUAUGAUAUGUCCAUUGUCAAAAGCGGCAAAAAGCUUUUCACUUUGUAUACUGCUAAAAACGGAAAGGUCUCUGUUAGCACCGAAGAUAUAGAAGACUGGCCUCAAUUAAAUCCAAUACAAUCUGUCUCUGAAGGGGCAAAAACUUCUAAGAUAUUAGAACCUUCCGACACUUUCUCUUACCUUCUCCAACGGUACCCAGUCGAAGAUGAAAGUCAGGAUGCUUUCCCCUUGUAUGGAGACUCAGGAUCCGAGGGCGAAUUUGACGAAGAGACCUGGCAAGAAAUUGAGAACGAACGCCAAGGGUUGCCUCAGAAACCCUCGAAACUUACGCCCACGGAGGUAGAAUCGAUCAUUCGAGAUUGUGUCUGUCAUUAUGAGAACAAAUGGCAAGAGGUUGGCCUGCCAAAGGAGAAACAUAAGGCACGUAAGCUCUGGUUGAGAGCUAAGAAGGGGAAAUAUACCAACCAGGGGAUCAAAGAAUCCACCCAAGCAAUCACAUCUCUAGACAAGCGUCUUCGAAAACUACAAAAGGCAGUUUGUGAGAGUGAAUAUGCAACAAGGUUAGAGUUAGAAACACAGUGUCAAAGUAUGGAGCAGACUGUGAUGGACAUUCAACAACAAAGGUGGCGUAUUUCCAUCUUGGAGCAAGAAAAAUGUCCUUCAAAGACCUCUCCUCCUCCUAAGCCUCCAUCCACACAAAGACCGAAACAUGAUACUGGGGACGAAGAAUCCUUGUACUCAGAGCCAGGCGACAUGUCUGGUGAUUCUAUGGAUGACUUCAUUGACAGGUCUGAUAUUGAGGACCAAAUUAAUGGGUUUGAUAUUGAUACCGCAACUCGAACGUCGCCGACGUCUGACAGCGACGAUGGCAUUAUCAGCCCUUCUAAUAUGAAGCGAAAGGCAAGGGCGAGGAAACUUCCUUUUCAGCAAUCAAGCUCUCCUUCUCCGCUUCCCCUUAAAAGGAACGAUGCACCCCCAGAAUGCAUUGAUCUCACAAGAGACUCCCCAGCACCUGAUAACGAGGAGUACGCAAUCAAUAACGAGGAGUACGCAAUCAAAACACCUCCAUUGAAUCCAGUGCCGCGUGCGAUAACACAACCAUUUGUCGAUCCGAUAAAAUCCAAGAAGAGUCUUUCUAUCUCCCCCGAACCUUACCUCGGCCCAAGAGUGGUAGUCCAGAUUCCAGUUGACAAAGAAAAGCAUUCAAGACUAUUCAAAACUAGAAAGCAGCAAAGUCUCCCUGACGCACAUGGCGUUGACAACCUCCUGUCAGUGCCUUGGGGUUUGCUUGAAAAGCGACAGGACCGUUCCGGGCUAUUAGCAAAACUGAUUGCAUCCCUUUCUAAUGAGGAACGAAAGAAUCUAGUGAAGACAAUUCCUAGAUAUUCUAGUUCGGACCUGCAAGAGCUCACCGAAGCUGGACUCAAGCUUUUGCUUAAUAAUCAAGAAAUGCUUCCAGAUCUCGAUGCGGCUGAAAAUAAGGUGAUUAUGCGCAUUAUCUCCAUGUAUAUCUCCUGGGUAAAUUGUACCCACUUAUCCUCGGAAGGGAUCCAGAAGAGUCUUGCACUCAAGACUCAAUCCGAAAUGAGCAACUAUAUGAGGUAUUACAACGAGCUUUGCACCCAACUCAAUUGUCACCGUAAGAGAGGACCUAAGAAGCUUCUUGCUAGUGCAAAAGAAGCGACUCCAGACCUUGAGGAUACCCCUCACAAAAAACGCAAGAGAGAGGUUAAAGAAAGUCAGAAUGCAAAAAAGAGCCAGCAAAGCGCGCAGCUUCGUGUCAAGCUCCAGGAGAAGCAGAGAAAGAAACUUGAACGGAAAAUGGGCAGCAUGAAUACCGAUCCUACGCGUCAGGCAGUUAGCUUCGGAAAUCCUGUUAUUUAUCUGGACCCUCAUAUUGGCCUGCGCGUUAAGCCACAUCAACUGAAUGGUAUUCAAUUUAUGUGGCGGGAGUUGAUAGAAGAUGAGAAAAAGCAAGGUUGCCUACUCGCUCACACAAUGGGCCUAGGGAAAACAAUGCAGGUUAUAUCUCUCCUUGCAACUAUAUCUGCGGCAGCAUCUUCAGAUGAAAUCAGGGUACGCCAACAGGUCCCCGCAGCUUUCCAUAGAUCCCAAACAUUGAUCCUCUGCCCAUCAUCCUUGAUUGAAAACUGGUAUGAAGAGUUCCUUAUGUGGGCUCCAGAGCGAUCUGGCAUCGGAACCUUAAGGAAAAUCACAAGUUCCGCUACGAUGCUCGAGAGGCUACGGGAGGUGUCCGAGUGGGAUGACGAAGGUGGAGUACUCAUCAUGAGCUAUGACUUAUUCCGAACGUGGAUUCUCAACAAAGAGACAAAACAAAGGGGAAAGCCUUUGAAUGAUACUGAUUAUCAGAACAUCAGACAAUCUCUCCUCGAAGGCCCUAACAUCAUUAUUGCGGACGAGGCCCACAAAAUGAAAAACUCAUCCACUGGCAUCUCACAGGCAGCCAUGCAGUUCCGCUCUAAAAGUCGCAUUGCCCUAACUGGGUCGCCUCUUGCAAACAAUCUUGUUGAUUACUACGCCAUGGUCAACUGGAUUGCGGAGGGCUAUCUCGGCGACUUUGUGGAGUUUAAGGCAAAGUUUGUAGAGCCUAUAACAGAGGGUCUAUAUGUGGACAGUACUUACACAGAGAGGAGAAGGUCUUUGGUGAAACUCCAGGUCCUCAAAGAGAUCCUUGCCCCAAAGAUUAAUCGCGCCGAUAUCUCUGUGCUUGCUGGUAGUCUACCGACCAAAGUUGAGUUCGUCAUAACGAUCCCCUUGACGAACCUACAGAAACAAGCAUAUGAUUCGUAUGUAGGGACUAUCCUAAAAGAUAAAGGAGCUUUCGGAACUGCACAAUUAUGGUCCUGGCUUGCGAUUCUGAGUCUAUGUUGCAAUCACCCGUCGUGUUUCAGGGACAAAUUAUUAAGCCGAGCAAGUGAUGCACAGAAAGUAAAUAAGAAGCUGGAGGAGAUGGACAUGAUCCCCGGAGAUGAGCCUAUCAUGCAAGCAGGCCUACCAAAUUCAGAAAAGCUUGUUUAUGAGCAAGAACAAAUUUUUGCUACUGUCCCUGAUAUUAGAGCCUUGGAAAUGUCUCAUCGAGCGCGGAUCUUGAACCUGAUAAUUGACGAGUCUAUUAAGGCCGGUGACAAGGUCUUGGUAUUCUCGCACAGUAUCCCAACACUCGACUACAUCGAGUUUAUUCUUGAAUCGACCAAUCGAAAGUACUCUCGGCUAGAUGGACGAACUCCCGUCAUUACUCGACAAGAUGCGACGAAGAGGUUUAAUAGUGGUUAUGAGCAGCAAGUGUAUUUAAUCUCAACUCGCGCAGGAGGACUUGGUUUAAACAUCCCUGGAGCCAAUCGUGUCAUCAUAUUCGAUUUCAAAUUCAGCCCUGUCUGGGAAGAACAAGCCGUCGGGCGUGCUUAUCGCCUGGGCCAGCAGAAACCGGUAUUUGUUUAUCGUUUCAUUGCCGGCGGAACCUUCGAGGAGGUUAUGUAUAACAAGGCAGUCUUCAAAACCCAACUUGCUUUCCGUGUUGUCGAUAAGAAGAAUCCGGUUCGAUGGGCAUCGAAAACACUGGGUGAAUAUCUUUUCCCAGCUAAGUCAGUUCCUCAGGACGACGUCAGUGAGUACCUGGGGAGGGAUCCGCAGGUUUUGGACAAGAUCAUCAUGAGUGAUAUUGGCGAAGAGAAGUCGAUCCGAAACAUAGCCCUCACUGAAACAUUCCAGAAGGAAGACAAUGACAAGUUGACGGAGGAAGAAAGAGAAGGUGUCCAACAGCAGCUAAACGACGAGCGUCUCAAGCGCACCGAUCCGGUGGCCUACCAGAAAUUAAUAAUCGAAAGGCAAAGACAGGCUUUAGCUGCUACGCAAGCUCCGAAUCAGACUUUACCGACAUACAUGCAACAAAGUCACUUGCCGCCCCAACCACAUCCUUACUUGCUCGCCCCUCCAGUAGUUCCAUCGAACGCUCACAAUACCGGGCCUCCCGCUCUAGCACCAGAUAUGAGCGUUUACCAAGAGCCUUCCAGGCUACCCAUCCCAGAAGCAUUCGCAAUGCCGAUGACUGCUACAUCGGAAGUUUACUCUUCUCGCCUUGCGCAAAGUGAGCUACCUACUGAAUCUACCACUUCAUACGCGCCUUUCAGACUCUCGCCUUCCAGAUGCUUGGGACAGCCAGGUACUGAGAUACCUGGACAAAUAGAUGGUUCCAUCGACAACACAUACGUCCAAGAGACAAUCGCAGAUAAGGCACAUACCGAGCAGUUCCAAUCAUCAUCAGAUGAAGAUCCUGGAGACAGAUGCAGCCAGCAAUGA